UAUGAUUAUCCCACAAUGAUCGUGCAGUUUGUGAAGGAAUCAAACUACAAGCUCCAUAAUGUCCUAAAAGAAAGGUCGUCCACACGCCGACUGGAUUGCUCUUCUGACUGGUGGCUCGGUGGCAUGCUUUGCCUGGUCAGGGCAGUCAGGCAGCAGCUGUGCCAAGCCUUUGAAGUCAGGGGACUGUGGCAUAAACAUGCACAUCCAUGUACAGCUGCCGUGCCUACCCAAAUUUAUGGGAACCGUUGGAGAGGUGACAAAAGUGAGCUGAAGAGGAGACUAAAAGCAGAGAAGAAGGCUUUGGAGAAAGAAGCCAAGGCCAAAGAACAGGUGCAGCUAAAGAAGGAAUCCAAUAACGGCACACCAUCAGACAUCGCUGCUAUAGAUGAGGAGACACUUGACCCAAAUCAAUACUACAAGAUUCGCACACAGGCCAUUCAGGAGCUCAAGGGUAGCGCUGAGGACCCGUAUCCACACAAGUAUCACGUUGACUUGUCGCUCACAGAGUUCAUUGAGAAGUACAAUUACCUACAGCCAGGGGAACAGCUAAGGGAUGUCGUUCUCAAUGUAUCAGGCCGCAUCCAUGCCAAGAGGGCAUCCGGUGCUAAGCUGCUGUUUUAUGACAUGCGAGGCGAAGGCACCAAGUUGCAAGUUAUGGCAAACUCCGGGAACUACAAGUCUGAGGAAGACUUUGUGGCCAUCAACAACAAGCUCAGGCGCGGUGACAUCAUCGGUGUCCGUGGGAACCCCGGGAAGACUAAAAAGGGGGAGCUGUCCAUCAUCCCCAUCGAGAUGACUCUGCUUUCGCCUUGUCUCCACAUGCUGCCUCAUCUCCAUUUUGGACUUAAAGACAAGGAAACACGAUUCCGUCAGCGCUACUUGGAUCUCAUCUUAAACGACUACGUGAGGCAGAAAUUUAUUACACGAGCCAAAAUCAUCACAUACUUGCGCAGCUUCUUGGACCGGCUAGGAUUUUUAGAGAUUGAGACGCCAAUGAUGAACAUCAUUCCCGGUGGAGCAGUGGCCCGUCCAUUUGUAACUUACCACAACGAGCUGGAUAUGAACCUAUAUAUGAGGAUUGCUCCUGAGCUUUACCACAAGAUGCUUGUUGUCGGUGGGAUAGAUCGAGUGUAUGAGGUCGGCCGUCAGUUCAGGAAUGAAGGCAUCGAUCUCACUCACAACCCGGAGUUCACCACCUGUGAAUUCUACAUGGCAUAUGCCGACUACCACGACUUGAUGGACAUAACAGAGAAACUUCUGUCAGGGAUGGUGAAGCACAUCACGGGAGGUUACAAGGUGACCUACCACCCUGAUGGUCCAGAAGGAGAAGCCCAGGAGAUUGACUUCACUCCACCGUUUAGAAGAGUGAGCAUGACACAUGACCUUGAGAAGCUGAUGGGAGUUAAAUUUCCUCCCACUGACAGUUAUGACAGUGACGAAACACGUAAAUUCUUUGAUGACCUGUGUGCCCAGAAGGGAGUUGAAUGUCCUCCACCCAGAACAACUGCCCGCCUACUUGACAAGCUUGUGGGAGAUUUCCUGGAGGUCACCUGUAUCAACCCCACAUUCAUCUGUGAUCACCCACAAAUCAUGAGCCCCUUAGCAAAAUGGCAUCGAUCAGAGAAAGGCCUAACGGAGCGCUUUGAACUCUUCGUGAUGAAGAAAGAAAUCUGCAACGCCUACACAGAGUUGAAUGACCCCAUUAGACAGAGGGAGCUUUUUGAGCAGCAAGCCAAGGCCAAGGCCGAGGGUGACGAUGAGGCCAUGUUCAUCGACGAGACCUUCUGCACAGCACUGGAAUAUGGUCUCCCACCAACUGCUGGAUGGGGAAUGGGCAUCGACCGUCUCACCAUGUUCCUCACAGACUCCAAUAACAUCAAGGAGGUGUUGCUCUUCCCAGCCAUGAAGCCCGAUGAGAACAAAACAGGCGUUCCUGCAGAGGGCACCUCUGUGUAACGUACUUACCCGCCCCCCCUUGAAGAAGGCCGGAGAAGCAUUUGUCAGUGGUUAAUUGUGAGGUCUGCCGAGUUUUGUUUUUAAUGAUGUCAAAGGCUGCGUUGCUCAAUUACUGAUACAGAUGGUCUGCAUUUUGCAAGACUAAACGUUGCAUCAUAAAAAAUAUUGUUUCAUUGAGUUUUUUUUUCACGUUCUGUGAUCAUGUUUGUUGGAUCUUACUUGUUUGACAACAAGUAAACAUUUUAAUCUUCAUUUUCAACCGGACCCUCAUCGUUUGAUCAGUGACUCACAUCCUAUCCAUCACCCUUUUGCAGAACAAGAUGAAAUGUUUCAGAAUAUCCUUCAAUUUCUUUCAUAAUGUAGUCAAUUUGUUGCUCAAGUCUGACUAGUCUAACUUUGAUAUCUGGAGUUGAAGCGUCAAAAUAUAAUUGAAGCACCUGUUGUAAUAUUUGGAGUCGUCACAAUACUGCAAUCUCUCCUGUCGUCAUGUUUGCUUAUGUUUGCUAUCAUCGACAGACUCCAAAAGUCAGACCUCUAAUGCAUCUGAAUAAAGCGAUUAUGAAUA